AUGCGUAAUAUCAAAUGUGUCGUCGUAGGUGAUGGUGCCGUGGGAAAGACAUGCUUGUUGAUCUCGUAUACCACGAAUGCCUUUCCGAGCGAGUACGUUCCGACCGUGUUUGACAACUACACGGCGAGUGUCAUGGUGGAUGGUCGACCUGUCAAUCUUGGUUUAUGGGAUACGGCAGGUCAAGAAGAUUACGACAGACUGCGUCCGCUGUCUUAUCCACAGACAGACGUUUUUCUCAUAUGCUUCUCUAUUGUGAGCCCAUCGAGCUUUGAAAAUGCCAAGACCAAGUGGUGGCCGGAGGUGACACACCACGCCCCCGAUACCCCCAUCAUCCUCGUGGGCACCAAGUUGGAUCUCCGCGAAGACCCUGAAAUGAAUGCGCGCUUGCGUGACCGACGCAUGGCGCCUAUUACGUACAGCCAGGCAGUACAGCUGGCCAAGGAAAUCCGCGCGGUGCGGUACUUGGAAUGCUCUGCCCUUACGCAAAAGGGACUGAAAGGUGUGUUCGACGAAGCCAUUCGAUGCGUCCUAUCCCCUGCACCUAUGAAACGACGAAAGCCGAACAACUGUAUUGUCUUGUGA